AAUAUUUUAUUUAUUUACACGUGGUUUUUUUUGUUUAACCCCAUCCAUAGAGAUCGGGUUUUCUUUUAGCUUAUAAAGUAAUUUCUCUUCCCAAUCAGCAUUUGUUUAUUUCUCUGAAAUCCAUUUCUCUAUCGGACAAGCUCGCCUUCAGUUUGUCGUUUGGUUACUAAGAAAAAGUAGGAAAACCAGAAAGAAGAGUAAAAAAAAAUGUCGGUCACGGCAGGUGUUAGUGAUACUAUUAUAGCAAUUAGGGAUAAACUUAGGGGAAAAAUUGGACAAACAAAAGUUAAAAGAUACUGGCCUGGGAAAGCUCCUGAGUGGGCUGACGAUGCCGAUGAAGAUGGCGAUAUUAGGAUGGCUAGGGCUGUUGCUUUAGAAAAAGCCUUUCCUAGUCGUGAUGAUUCAGAUGUUGUUAGAAAAGAUGAUCCUAGGUUACGUCGUUUGGCUGAGAGUAGGAUUGAUAAUAGGGAUGAAAUUAGGGCUGAUCAUAGACGUAUUAGGCAAGCGGAGAUUGUGUCUACGGAGGAGGAGGAGAAUAGGAGGAAUGAAGGGGAGGCAGAGGAAGAAGAUGAGGAUGCGUUGGAGGAGAGGAGGAGAAGGAUUAGGGAGAAGUUGCUUCAGAGGGAACAAGAGGAAACGGCAUUGUUGGAGGAGGAGGAGGAGAAAGAAGUGGAGGAAGAAAGAGAGGAAGAGUCAGAGUAUGAGACAGAUUCGGAAGAGAACACGGGGAUUGCAAUGGUGAAGCCGGUUUUUGUGCCAAAGUCAGAGAGAGAUACGAUAGCUGAGCGUGAACGGUUGGAGGCAGAAGAACGGGCUAUUGAGGAGGCGGAGAAGAGGAAGUUGGAACAUAGGAAGGUUGAGACAAGGCAAAUUGUGGUUGAGAAGAUUAGAGAUGAAGAGAUUCAGAAGAAUAUGGAAUUGGGCGAAGUGGCUGAUGUGGAUACUGAUGAUGAGGUCAAUGAGGCAGAGGAGUAUGAAGCUUGGAAGGCAAGAGAGAUUGCUAGGAUUAAGAGGGAUAGAGAGGAAAGGGAAGCAAUGAUAAAGGAGAAGGAAGAGAUUGAGAAGGUUAGAAAUAUGACGGAGGAAGAGAGGCGGGAAUGGGAGAGAAAGAAUCCGAAACCUGCUCCACCACCUAAGCAAAAGUGGAAGUUUAUGCAGAAGUAUUACCACAAGGGUGCUUUCUUCCAGGAAGAAGCUGAUGAUCCUGCUACAUCUGUUGGAGCAGACAAUAUUUAUCAUCGUGAUUUCUCUGCCCCGACAGGUGAGGACAAGAUGGACAAGACCAUAUUGCCUAAGGUUAUGCAGGUCAAGCAUUUCGGUCGUAGUGGCAGAACCAAAUGGACCCAUCUUGUCAAUGAGGAUACAACUGAUUGGAACAAUCCAUGGACAUACAAUGAUCCUCUUCGGGCAAAAUACAAUGCAAAAAUGGCAGCCGUGAAUGCACCUAUAGGUAAACCAAAAGGAAGCAAGAAGUUGAAGGAUUGGGAAUGAAAAUGAUACUACUAGUUUUUAUCAGUCAUUCGAUUGGAGUCAUCUUUUCCUUCUUUGAUGGCUUGGCGUCUUUCUUCGCCAUCAUUUCAUGGGGUUCAUGCUUAUGUUUGCCCUCUGAAAUAGGUAUGUAGGACUUUUUACUAAUCAUGGCUUUGGGAUUUGCCUCCUAACGCUGGAGAAACUGGAUGUAUAAUGAAGUAAAAUUAACAAAUUGAUUUCCUGAGUUAGCUCCAGUUUCAGCAUGUACUUCAGUUGGUGAAUAUCAGCAGAAAAAUUUGCAUAAA